AUGGUGAAUGUCCCCUUGGUUCUAAUACUGAGUGUCCGUCCCCUGGACACUGUGGAGCCUUGGCACGGGCGCAUAAAAUGCCUGACUUGCAUAUGCGAAUGGCUCUGGCCGUUGGGAAUGUUUAGCUCUCAAACUAUUAUAUUGGAAAACCAUUCGUCUUUUGACAAAGUCGGUUUGCCAAACAUAUGUAGACUUUUUUUUAUUUAUUUUAAUUUUUUGGGGGGAUAAAAUUAUUUGAUGUAAUGUAUGAUUGUUAGACAUAUGGAUUGUAUGUUGUUGGCUAUCUCUGCAAUUAAAUUUUAUUUAUAUCUUUUUUUAAAUCUAUAGGCAGAUUUUGACAAAGCUGCAGAAGACAUAAAGAAAUUGAAAACCAAACCAUCCGAUGAUGAAUUGAAGGAACUCUACAGUCUUUACAAGCAAGCAACUGUAGGCGAUAUAAAUAUAGGUAAUGAUUUAAACCAUGUAGAAUCAGGGCCGUCUUUAACAUGGGGCAGCCUCCCCGGGCACUGUCACUGCUGGAGGGCCAAAGGCAGCUGCUCCGUCUGCCCGCAACAAUGUCUCUUGGGGUCGCUGAUCCCAAAAUAAAUUGUUGUGGGCAGCGGGCCCGUAUACUUUGGGGGCCCAUGCACUUAGGGCUACCCGGUGGGCCUGUGUCAGCAGGGGCCUGGUGGGGCGCUUUAACAGCGCGACCGAGCCCCUUGCUCAUAACCUGCUGUUCUGGAGGGGGCCAGGCCGGGAGAGAGUGAGACCUUAACUCCCAGCCAGCCCACUGGACCCCAGGGAAGCCACCCUCCAGGAAAAGGUAAGAAACUGGAGGGUGGUUAACAAAUUUUGCAUGAGUGUCUGAGUGUGUGUGUCAGUAUGUGUUUCGGUCUGUAUCUGUUUAGUCAGUGUAUGUUCUCGUUGUGUAUAUCUUUGUAUCUGUAUGCAUUGUAUAUUCGCAUGUGUCAGUGUCUGUGUAUCUGUAUGUUCUCAUUGGGUGUAUUAGUGUGUCUGUGUGUGUUAUUGUUUUUUGUUUCUGUGUAUGUCUGUAUAUGUGCAUACAUCUCAAUAUUCAAACACACUCAUGCAUUGAAACAUUAAAUGAUGACUAUAGGGUCAGGAACACAAACCUGUAUUCCUGACCCUAUAGUGUUAACACCACGAUCUGGGCCCCUUAUGCCUCCAUAAAUAUAGUAAAAAUCUUACUGUAUUCAAGCCUGAAGCUGUAAAUCCGCAUGCUGUUAGGGGGGGGGAGGGAAAUAGGUCUCUCCUCACCCACCAUGUGUAGUGGGUCAGGGCCCUAUUUAGUUGCAUAGCCCCCACUCGUAGGGCAAGGGUGGGACACUACGUUAAUAUUAAAAUUAUUUAGUAUUAAUCUUUACUUGGUAUUAAGUUUGGCUGAAAGACCAAUCUUGGUCUCACCCUUUUGGUAGAUGGUUCCCUAAUUCCCACAGUAUUAGGGAACCAUCUACUAAGCGGCUGCAAGAUGCAGCCGCGAUUGGAUCAGAAUUUCAUUCAAAUGAAAUUUCAAACCGAACAAAAGUCCAGAAUUUUGUCCUAACACGAAUGGACAAAAUUCUGGACUUUUGUUCUCUCAUUCUGUUAGGGCGGAAUUCUGUAGUUUUUUGCCGGCGUUCGGUAAUCCGAAAAGGAGGCGUCGUGAGAACACGGAGGAAAGGUAAGAAUUGUGGUAAAACUUCUCUCACCACAGGAAAUGGAGCACACUUUAUUCUGGUCAUAGAUGGUAGGGACUACUUUGUCUUAUGUUUUAAAGAAAACUAGAAGAAAUGAAGAGGAAGCGAUUGGGGAAAGGUAAGUUUGGCAUGACAGUGCUGCUUUAAGUGAUGCCAAGGCUGCAGUGACGUCUUAAAAUCUAACUCCUGGCAUCACUGUAGGGUGUACGAGGGAGCAUUGCUACAGCUCGCUCUUCAUCCACCACCCACACACUGUAUUUGGGCAGUGUAGGUGCCCACUGUCCAGGUAAGCCGGUGCCUAAUUUAAUUUGGCACACAGCCAGCUGUCUUCUGUCAGGGAUGUGAAGGUUACCAGCUCUAGGCAUACCUUCACUGGUUGAAAAACGAGGAUGUAAAAUAUGAUGGACGAAUAGUGAUCUAUUCUUUAGCCAUAUAUCUGGCUACUCAUUCUUUCCAUGGGUUUGUGAUCUAGGGAAAUUCGAAACAAAAUACACACAUUUUAGAUUUUCUGUACACUUGUUCUUUAAUUACUAGAUUAUGAUGUGUUUUGAACUUGCAGGAUCUCUGUGUGUGUUGUGUACAUAAUAAAAACAAAUUGUUACUGCAUUUAAAAAAAAAAAAAAAAAUGCCUGCAUGCUUAAUCAUGAUGAUGUCUCUUUGGGGAUGGACUAUAGUGAAUUCUUCUGGAUUGCAAGGCUUUCUAAUGCUUGCAUCAGAUCAGAGAGCAAUCACACACCCGGAAGUGGUUUGAGUUGCAGCUGAUUUCACUAGAAACAUCUAUAGCAACUAAUUGGGGCAUUUUGUAGUAAGGGCUUGCCAUUUCUUCCAUAGGAGCAAGGCUCACUCUGCCUGCGUCAGAUUUGAGUGUGAUGUCCCCCCUCAGGGAAAUGCUGUAAAUGGAUAUUAUUGGGAAACUUAUCUUGUCACCAACAGUCCAAGGUCUCAGCCACAGAUUGCAUGGAGCUGCUUCUCCUUGGUUAUUUCUAGAUGGUAUCCAUUUAACCAACAUUCCAUUACCUCCCUGCAUGCAUUUUAAUUGGGUGUCUUCAUCACCAAUACCCCAAAUCUCUAGUGGAAUGGAUCAACCCGACUACCAUCCAUUGCGCCUGGAGAAUGGUUAUUUAUUUUUCCUAAAAUAUUCAUGUGUGCAGUAACCUGUCUAUUUUUAUCUUGAUAUUCAAUAUGUUUAAUGUAUAUUGUUGCACAAGAUGGCCUAAAUGCUGGGACGUCUUGUAUUUGCUCAGGUUUCUGGUUCACUUAUGUUCAAACGUGUUUUUAUGUUCUGAUAAAGUAGCGCCUCUAACUCAUAGGUCAACUAACUUGUAUAUCUCUUUUCCAGAAUUCCACAUUUAACUUUCUGAUUAAAUUCUGUCUAAUGUCUUUGGUGUGACGGCUGGAUUCGAAGAGGACAAGUUAGACUAGUAUCUAAAUUACAACUUUACAAUCUGAUCACAGAACACUUGCACCAAAACAACUUUUAGCUCAUUGGAGUGGAUUUGAUCGAUAGACCCUGCUGUCUAUCAAUUAUCUUCCAUUUGGAGUUAAAUCACAUCCCUGCAUGGGACCUACCAAUUUCCUGUAAAUAGAUAUCUGUUUACACUUCCUUUAUUGUACAGUCUGUUUAAUUUAGAAUGUAUUUCCUGUACUGUUAAUAGCCUUCAGGAUCCUCCUGUAUGUAAAGUUCAAUUUACAGAGCAGGAGAUGAGAACCUCUCAAGUAAACACCUUGAAAUGACUGAAACUAGCCGCAUGCAGUGUAGAAUACCUCGACUAUUAAACUUCCAGGGGUUGUGUUAUUACUGGUGUGUAGGCACUGAAAUCCAAACCUGUGGAUGAACAAGGCAAGGGGAGUCAACAUUGUAUGUGGGCGAUCUCUCAUGUCUUGCCACACAAUUUACCAGGGCUAAUGGAAAGACAAGGACAAAUGGAACUGGUUCUCAUUUUAAACACUCUAGCUAUAAUCCAUAAUAAAUGAUGUAAGUGUUGGUGAUGAGGAAGUGCAAAGGUCUUCUUUUGAAGACAACGUGGACUUCGAGUUGGAGAGUUCUUGGGAAUCACUGAAAUGCUAUGUUUUUAUGGAAUUCUUACCUAGAACUAUUCACAUGAAAUUCAGUAACUGGAAGGAUAAAGUGCUAUGAAUUUUACUUUUUUAUUGAAAACUACAGAUAUUUUGCACAAACUAAACAUCUAUCUAUCUAUCUAAAUUUUUUUUUUUUCUUUUCUUUUCUUAUUUCCAUCUAGACUGUCCCGGAAUGUUAGACCUAAAAGGCAAAGCCAAGUGGGAAGCUUGGAAUUCCAAAAAAGGUGAGUGUCUGUCUUUAUUCUACAUAUUUAUUUAGAUGGUGGCUGUUUUUGUGUUAGACCUGUAAAGGGGUAGGAGCCUGUAUACAUAGAAUCCUGUUAGUGCCUUAAAUUGCAAUACUUCCAACAUAGUCAAACUAACGUUUAAAGAGCAAAUUAAUGUCUAGUGCAAAGAAUACCUGGGGGAAGUAAAAUGUCUAUAAUAUGAUCAAUGACUCCAUCGAGGCUAAAACCAUGGCAAAUAAAGUAUCUACAAUUCAAAAGGAAACUUGCUUUGUGUUCCCUCUGUUUAUAGAGCACAAAUAAUAUUGUGUAAAUACAGGAGAAAUGCAUAAUUUACACCAGAUUGGGUUUGUCACAGAUGUACAUAUUACAUUUUUUAUUUUAUUUUUUGUUACUCCUUGCAGGCUUGUCUAAAGAGGAUGCCAUGAGUGCCUACGUUUCUAAAGCAAAUGAGCUUAUCGAAAAAUAUGGAGUUUAA